AUGGCCGCCGGGCUGCGGCGCCUGAAGGAGGCCGCCCUGGUCCUCGGGGGCGGCGGCCUGAUCUUCGCCGCGCACCUGACGGCCAGGGGCGACGAGCGCUUCUACCGCCGGUGGCUGAUGCCGGCCCUGCAGCGCCUGGUGGGGCCCGAGGACGCCCACCGGCUGGCCGUGCGCCUGCUCGCCCUGGGCCUCGCGUGGGCGCGGCGGGGGCGGCGGGGCGGGGGCGGCGGCGGCGGGGCCGAGUCUGAGCUUCUCUCCCGCGACGCCCCUCAGGAGGUCCGGGCGUUCGGGCGGCGGUUCCGGAACCCGCUGGGCCUGGCCGCCGGCUUUGACAAGCACGGGGAGGCGGUGGACGGGCUCUUCCAGAUGGGCUUCGGCUUCGUGGAGGUGGGGAGCGUCACGCCGGAGCCCCAGGAGGGCAACGCCAAGCCGCGCGUCUUCCGGCUGCCCGAAGACCAAGCGGUCAUCAACAGGUACGGCUUCAACAGCCAGGGCCACGCCGUGGUGGAGCGCAGACUCCGAGCUCGGGAAGCGGCGCAGCGCCGGCUCAGCAAAGCGGGGAUGCCUCUUGGAAUAAAUCUGGGCAAGAACAAGUGUUCUGUGGAUGCAGCUGCUGACUACGUUGCAGGCGUUCGCAUGUUGGGUCCGCUGGCUGAUUAUGUGGUGGUGAAUGUUUCCAGCCCAAACACGCCAGGAUUGCGGGCUCUGCAGGGCAGAGCAGACUUGCACCUCUUACUUACAAAGGUUCUUGCUGAGCGGGAUUCCCUCCCAGGUAAGCACAAGCCAGCUGUGCUGGUGAAGAUUGCACCAGACCUGACAAGCCAAGAGAAACGGGACAUUGCCAGGAUUGUGAGUGAGCUGGGGAUUGAUGGACUGGUGGUAACUAACACUACCGUGAGCCGUCCUGAAACCCUUCGUGGGGCUUCAUGCAAUGAAGUGGGAGGGUUAAGUGGAGCUCCCUUACGACAGCUCUCCACCCAGAUGGUCAGCGACAUGUAUUCUCUCACCCAAGGGUGCAUACCAAUCAUUGGAGUGGGUGGAGUCUGCACUGGCCAGGAUGCCUUGGAGAAAAUACGGGCAGGUGCCUCCUUGGUCCAGAUGUAUACAGCCCUCACAUACCAUGGACCACCUGUGGUGGGUGCCAUAAAACAGGAGCUUGAGGCCCUACUGAGAGAACAAGGAUUCCAGAGUGUUCAAGAUGCUGUGGGAGCGGAUCACAACCUCGGAGGAUUCCUGGUCAAGGAUUAGUGAACUCCCUGGAUCAGCAGUAAAAGAGGACCUGUGUUGUCGGAGAUCCACUGGCUACUUCCUGCCCUUCAUUAAUGAUGUAGGGGGGAAUUUGGACCUUAAAAAAAAAGACAUGUAACAAGGGGGGAAAAAGCGUUUGUUGGCAUACAUCCUCUCCUGGGGAAGCGUAAAAGCUAGAACUUUCCUGAUGUCAUGAGACUGAUGCAAGCAGUACCCCAGCACAAGAAGGUAGAAAUGGGUCACAGUCGGCGAGGAACAUGGUAUCAGUGUUCCGUUUGUUGACUCUCAGUCCCUUUCUCCCUGUAAGGUUGGGAGGCCUGUACCACACUGAGUAGAGGAAACCCAUUUUGUUAUUCAGAAGUUGUUUUGAAAGAAGGCACACAACGAUUUUUAAAAAUAAAAUAAUAUUGUGAUUGUU